AUGGUUAGAAGCUUGUUUAAGCAGCGCCAAUCCACUUCAGCAGAACCAUGCAUCAACUACCUGCUGGACAACAAUUUUGGUACUAACAGUCGUGCGCGCAAACCUGGCCGAGAAGGCACUUACCAUGGUGAAUCAUCGAAGUGGAUAAGGCUUUUGGCAGAAGAACCCUACCUCACCGAUCUUUCAUCCGUGCUGGUCAAGGAAAUUGAACGAACCACUCCAUCCUUGGUCUCAUUCACCUCGAGUGUUGUAGAUCAAUACCCAUGGGAACGGAUAAGUGGUGUUGCUCUCCAAAAUGAAGCAAGCGGAGAAAGAGUAUGCAUAACCAAACUGUACUCUUUGAUUAGUGGCUUUGUGGGGAACCUCUCGGUCAAUAUUUUAAUGGGGAAGACUCUCCUUGAUGUCUAUCCCAAUGUUUUACCCGACAUCUCCGCCUUCAAUAGCAAAUUCAAUGCUAUGUUGCUUGGAAUUCAGCGGUGGAUUCCAUUUCCCGGUCUUGUCAAUGCAUAUCUCGCUCGCCGUCGCCUGCUAAUAUGCCUGACGGUUCAAAAUGCCAUAUUUAGCCAGAUAGAAAAUGGACAAGAACCCGAGGCUGUUUGGCGAGAUCUAGAUGAUGUUUCUGCCGCAGUUCAGGCCCGAAUGCGGGAACGAAUCAAGAACGGUUACUCAGUCGAAUAUGCGGCCGCUGAAGAUUUAUCUUUAUUAUGGGCAGUUACUGUGCGGGCGAACGCCUUAAUAUUCUGGAAUCUCGUUCACAUUCUAGCCGACCCUAAGUUACAUUCCGAAGUGUUGGGUGAAAUUGGCCCCUAUGCAAAGCUUAAACACUCAAAUUCAGCCACAUUUGGGCUACCAGAACCACCACAGGUGUCACUGGAUAUAGAUAAUCUCAUUGGGUCCUGCCCAUUGCUGAUGGCUACGCAAAGGGAGACCAGUCGGCUCUACUCAACCCCUUAUACUUACCGAAAGGUUAUCUCCAAUAUCAACCUCACCGAGUCAGAUGAGGACGCAUCUUUCAAUUCUCGAGAAGUCCAUACUUAUCAUAUAUCUGAGGGUGAUUAUGUUGUGAUACCUCACUCUUUGCGAAAUCGAAACCCUCUUUACAACAAGUCUCCAGACAGCUUUGACCCACGACGACACCUUAUCAAGUCUACUGAGACCGAUGACUCGGAAGACAAGAAAGUCUCACAAGAUGUUGUGAAUGAGGAUGAGCGAGAUUGCUCAGAAGGUUGGGAUGACCCAGCUUCCAUUUGUUGGAAGUUAGAGCAGAGAAAAGUUAUUGGAACCUUGGCUGCCAUAUUAGUAACAUGGGAUAUCAAGCCUGCCGGGGGAGAGGACUGGCAAGUUCCUAACCGGAGGAGCGGAAGCUUGAUUGACGAACCAAAAGACAUACAGGUUAUGCUAAAGAUGAAAUCCUAG